UUGCACAUUCUCUCUCUCUCUCUUCCAAGUAACACCCAGAGGAGAGAGAAAGAUACAAAACCUCUCUUCAAUUCUUACUCUCUCUCUUGAUAAUUUAGAAAUGGCGGGACGAUUACAAUCCCAUCAGCUUCCAAGCGGACUCUACGUAUCGGGUAAACUCGAGCAAACCAAGGAACAACGACCACCGACAAUGGCGGCUCGUGCUAUGCCUUACACCGGAGGCGAUAUAAAAAAAUCCGGCGAGCUCGGUAGGAUGUUCGACAUAUCCGUCGAUGAUCCCACCACUUUCCAAGGACCUCCGUCGAUUUUCGUCGGCGGACUAGCCAGACCACCACCGCCACGUGUCUCCUCCGCUUCGUCUUCGAAUCCCAACAGUGGAUCCGUUCGAUCCGGACCCCAAUCGGGUCCAAUUAGAAAAUCCUCAGGUCCUCUCUCUCAGCUUCAACCAACCGGUUUAAUCACCUCCGGUCCGCUUAAUUCGUCGGGUCCAAUCACGUCCGGAUCAAGGAGGUCAGGUCCGCUUGAUCAUCACUACCAAACGAGUAAUCUAAAGUCGAGCAAACCCAAAUACGGAUCCGCGGUGACGAUUCUGAACACGGAUCCGGUUCGGGUCGGGUUUAAAGUAUCGAAAGCUCUGAUUUGGGCAGUGAUUGUUGUUGCAGCGAUUGCGUUACUAAUUGGGGCGUUUUUAUCAGUUGCGGUGAAGAAGCCGUUGGUUAUGGUGGUGAUUGCGGCGGCGAUUUUUCCGGCGGCCGUGGUUUUUGUUUGGAAUUGUAUUUGGAGAAGAAGAGGAUUGUUGGGUUUUAUCGAGAAUUAUCCAAAUGCUGUGCUUAGAGGCGCCAUUGAUGGACAGUUCAUCAAGGUCACAGGAGUGGUAACUUGUGGAAGUAUUCCACUUGAGUCGUCAUACCAAAAGAUACCGAGAUGUGUUUACGUAUCCACUGAAUUGUACGAGUACAAAUGUUUCUGUGGAAAAUCCGAGAACCCGAAACAUGCCGAGAGAUACGUGACGGACUUUUACAUAUCGGAUUUUCAAUCGGGAUUACGAGCACUUGUUAAAGCAGGAUAUGGAUCAAAAGUUUCUCCGUUUGUAAAACCGGAAACAGUAGCUAAUGUAACCUCACAGACUAAGGAUUUAUCUCCAAGCUUUUUACAAUGGUUGGCGGAUCGAAACCUUUCCAAUGAUAGUCGAGCCAUGCGUCUCAAAGAAGGAUAUAUAAAAGAAGGGAGCACGGUGAGCGUGAUGGGAAUGGUGAGGCUGCAUGACAACGUACUGAUGAUCAUUCCUCCUGCAGAACCAGUCGCUACUGGCUGCAAAUGGUGGCGUUGUCUCCUCUCAACUUAUGUGGAAGGCCUUAUCAUUACCUGUGACGAGAAUCAGAAUGUUGAUGUCAUUCCUGUCUGAAGACACCAUACAUAACAUUACGUAUAUGCAUGUAUGUUUUGCUUUAACUAUGAUAUUCUAUAUAACCUAUAUAUAUAUAUGUAUAGUCAAGAGUUAGGCCCUAAGACCGAGGAGAUGGGGAAAGGAAACCAUUUACGGUCAUCAUAUUAGUUUUUGCCUCUUAUUAUGAUGGGGUUAUGUUUUGUGUACAUUAUUAAAAGCUUCAAAUGUACAUUUGUAUUUUUAUA